AUUACAGAAGCCAUAAUUAAUGGCGCAAUGAUCGAAUCCAACGUGAGUCGGAGUUGCGCAUGGUGCGCCGGAGGAGGUGACGGAACCAGCGAGCACUUGGAUCUAAAUCAUUCAGCGCACACUCUGAGCCCAACGGGACACUUGGUGGUCGCGGUGUGCCUCGGAUUCAUCGGAACUUUCGGGUUUCUCAAUAACACGCUGGUCCUGAUCCUGUUCUUUCGCUACAAAGUGCUGCGCUCGCCAAUAAACUGUCUUCUGGUGAGCAUCUCGGUGAGUGAUCUGCUGGUGUGCGUCGUCGGCACUCCUUUCAGCUUCGCCGCCAGCACGCAGGGACGCUGGCUCAUCGGACGCGCGGGAUGCGUGUGGUAUGGCUUCGUCAAUUCAUGCCUGGGCAUUGUGUCUCUUAUCUCCCUGGCAGUGCUCUCCUACGAGCGCUACUGCACUAUGAUGGGGGCCACGCAGGCCGACUCUACUAAUUACAGAAAGGUGGCCAUGGGUAUUGCCUUCUCCUGGAUGUAUUCCGUGGUUUGGACUCUUCCUCCACUGUUUGGAUGGAGCCGCUAUGGUCCUGAGGGUCCUGGCACCACCUGCAGUGUCAACUGGGCUGCCAAGACAGCCAACAACGUGUCUUACAUCGUCUGUCUCUUUUUAUUCUGCCUUAUUCUUCCCUUCAUUGUGAUUGUCUACAGCUAUGGCAAGGUCCUUCAGGCUAUCACACAGGUGAGCAGGAUCAAUACGUUCGUGAGUCGCAAACGGGAGCAGAGAGUUCUCUUCAUGGUGGUCACCAUGGUGGUGUGUUACCUGAUGUGCUGGCUGCCCUAUGGGAUUAUGGCACUACUUGCCACCUUUGGACAGCCCGGCCUCGUGACUCCAGCAGCCAGCAUUGUUCCCUCUAUCCUAGCCAAGACCAGCACCGUCAUAAACCCAAUCAUCUACAUCUUCAUGAACAAACAGUUUUGCAGAUGUUUCCAUGCCCUUGUCACAUGCACGACUCCAGAGAGAGGCUCCAGCUUUAAAAACUCAUCCAAAGUCACCAAAACUCUCAGGACUGUGUGGCGUGCCAAUGGCCAGAAUGUGACCUUCGCAGUGGCCUCGGUUGGCCCCCCUACUUUCUAUGCUCAACACAGUGGCGGGCAGAAAACCUCCUCAGAGGGCGAGGGACUCUCUCCUGCUGUAGGCCAUGGGACCAGAAAACCUGUUGUCUCUCUUGUGGCCUAUUACAAUGGCUAACAUUGACCAGCCACACAAAUAUCACCAAACACAUAUUAAUUAAGUGGAAUUAUAAGUGGCAUAGAAAUCACGGUGAACAAUGGAUAGCAUGGACAGAAAAAAAUUAUUGAGGGAGAAGAAGUGGCCGUGGCCUGUAGAGGACUGUGCAACUGAUACACGCCCUUUUCUGAAGAUCAGAUGUCAUGUUGCAUGCAUGACUUUUCUAGGAAAGAAGAAACUACUGGAUAUUGAAUGUGAACAGAUGCAGAUGAAGUUGAUACAACUGGAGUGAUUAAAGCAGUAAGAAAAGCAUAUUUUUAACAAACACACAUGGAUCAAAUUGUUCAUUUCUAAUGAUAUUUCUUAUGUGUCCUGGAUGUAAAUGUACCAAUGAGUUUGGAGAGGUCUUUUUCUAUUUGAGACUGAGAAUGCUCCUGUUUCUUCACCAAUAUUAUAAUAUGGAUAUUUUCAUCUUGAGUUGCCUUUCAUGGUUGGACAACCACUGUAGCACAGUUUGUUUAAAGUGAUGCUCUUCUUGCAGUCUAAAGGUUUUGUAAUUCUACUCAUGAUGAAGGUAUUACAAGUACAAUACACUAAGCACACAAAUAAUUUGUGUUUAUGGGAUAAUUUUACAAUGCUUUUGAAAUUUAAAGGGGUCCAUGAAAAAACGAAAUUUUCAAAUUUUACUAGAUAAGAAAAAAAUAUAGAUAGAUUAAAUAAUAAUAUAAUAAUAAAAUGUUCUAAUAUUAAAUCACCAGCAAACCCACAAACUGUGAGUAAGUGUACAUCUUAAAGGGAUAGUUCACCCAAAAAUGGGGGUUUUCAUUUACUCACUCAUGCCAUCCAAGAUGUGUUUGACUUUCUUUCUUCAGCAGAACACAAACUAAGAUUUUUAAAAGAAUGUAUCAGCUCUUUUGGUCCAUACAAUGCAAGUGAAUGGGUGCCAAAAUGUCAGCAUAAUAUAACCCAUAAAACCCUAGUGGUAAAAUCAAAUGUCUUCAGAAGUGAUAUGAUAGGUGUGGGUGAGAAACAGAUCACUUUCACAGUUUUCUUCUUGUGUUUUUGGUGAUUCACGUUCUUCAUGCAUACCCUACUGGCCAGGGAGAAGAAUUUCUAGCAAAAAAGGACUUAAAUAUUUAUCUGUUUCUCACCCACACCGAUCAUGUCACUUCUGAAGAGAUGGAUUAAAACACUGGAGUCAUAUAGAUUACUUUUAUGAUGGCUUUAUGUGCUUUUUGUAGCAUCAAAAUGUUGGCACCCAUUCACUUCAAAAGUCAUAGACAUCUGGAGUGGCAUGAAGGUGAGUAAAUGAUGAGAGAAUUUUCAUUUUUGGGUGAACUGUCCUUUUAAGGAAACAUUUUUUUCUGGUCAUGAAGUGUAUCAAGAUUGAAAAAAUAUAUUUCUUUUUAUUGAAUAUUGAUGGAACAUUAUUUGCGUGAAAAGAAAUAAUAACGGAAGGUUAUUCUGAUUAAAAAUAUUUUUCUAAAGGUGGCGAGGGAGUCUUUUGUUCCACACUUGUUGGGGUAAAAGGCCCUAGAGGUGUUAGUGAUAUUCUGUAAUUAUAGGUACAAUAGAUAUCAGUGGCGGGCCGUGUAUUUAAAGUAUUCUAGGCCUUCAGUGCGAUUCAUGCCAUUAAGAAAACACAGUUUUACAAUGAAUAAGACACCCUAUGCCUUUGCAGCCAACUAGUAAUACCAUAUUUUAAAAACACAUCCACGCACGAAAGCCAAAACUUGAAAUGACACUUAAUGCUCAAGCAAGACUAAUUUUAACAGCAGCAUGACUUUUUUGUGAAAUGAACAUCUCCCAAACAGAAAUUCAAAAAUCAUAAUUUUUCAUAUGAAUCUAUCAAGGAGGUCUAUAAUACCUGGAUAGGCCUAUCUAAUAAUAUUUGCGAUUAAAAUGUUGCUUGCAAUACAUUUCAUUUCGUCAGGGUACAUGGUUAUGCUGCGUUCCAUUCAAGUUGGAUGUGGGAUAUUCCUAUUUGAUAUCUCUGACCAUAAAUGCAUUCCAUUCCCCGAUAUUCAGAAGAUGAUGUUUAAGAAAACAAAACUGCAACACUCCCAUUAGCUUAGCAAGGGUUUGACUCUCAUUAGAGAUGUCUCCUAGCAACCCAACUGAUGAAAAGAUGUUUUUUUGAGUAACAAAUUAAGAUGAUGCUUAUUCAAAAUAACCAUUUCAGAAAAGGAUUAAUUAUUUUGGGUUCAUUUUUUUAAACACAUUUUGCAUUUCAUAACAUCUCAAGUAUUAUAUAUACAAACUAAUCUCCAUUUUGAUUAGAUCAGUCAAUGUGAGCCCACUUUGAAAAUUUGAUAACAAAUCCAUCGACCCACUUCCCCAAAAAAAAGGUGUUUUAUGGGUGGCCUUUAGGCCCUGCAAAUACUACUUGUACUUAUUGGGGAAAUUUUGGUUGAAUCACCAUGAACUAAACACGAAAAACUUGAAAAUCACAAGUAUUUUGUCUCAAAAUAAAUGUGAUAAUUACCACAAAAUCAAACUUUAGACAUUGCACACAAUGGUCUCAUGAAUCAGGAAAAUUUGCAGCGUAUAGGGACAAACAGGUGUUAAGCAAAGUGCUGUUGUAGUUUGUUGCUAUUUAGUGUCUUGGGACAAAAUAAAAUCAGAAGUGCCUUUUUAUCUCAUGGGGCCUUUAGUCCCAUUGUACCCUACAGCUUAGUGCAGUUCCUGAGUUCAAAUGCAAGCAGGGCAUGUACGUAGUCUUAAAGUUACAGCAGCAAGAACUGCUCAUUUCAUUUUAAGGGUUAGAGUGAUUGUGAAUAAAAACUAGAUUAUGUUUUUGGUGUAAGAAACUUCGACUAAUAUUAUAAGUGAACCUCAGGGGAAAACAAUGUAAUGAUAAAAAUGUUUGAUAUGACCCCUUUAAAAUUAAGAUUAAAAUGCAACAUCCAUGAAAACAAAGCACUGUAGUUAUAAUGUAAGCUCUAAAAUUCUAUGUUUUUCUUUUUUUUCAAUUGCUUAGCAUUUAAUUAUAAAUAAUCAAUAAUGUUCCUCAGUAGCUUUACCAUUAUUAUUUCCAGGUUUAAAUGGCUUAUUAUUUAUCUGUGAGGCACAAGUUGCUUGGCAUGUUAUAUUUCAUUGUCUGGAUGCAUCCAUUCCAUGAAAUCUUAAUAAUGCCAAAAAGCUUUCUUAUACUAGUGUAUUGUAUCUUAAAGCAAUGAUAUACUUUGCCAAAACCUAGAACAGAAAAGGCUCCAAAUGGAAUUCAUCCCAUAUGUUUGAUAAUCAUUUUUAUUGUUCUGUUUUAUUUUCUGAUUUGUUUCUGAUCAUUUAUUUUAUAUCAUUAUUUAUAUUCGUAUGCCAUGAAAGAGACCGACUUCUCCCUAAUGUGCUUUUGACUCCUAAAGACUUGAAUAAUGUGUGAUUGGCUCAACUUGGACUGUGACUGUUCUAUUGAGCUGAUCCCGGUUUACUCUUGCAACAACAUUCACAAUCAAACAUGGAAAAAGAAGAUGUUUACUGCAAAAAAUGCCUCCGUGAAUCUUUGAUAAAUGAGACAUUGUACUGGAAAAUACAAAUGUUGAAGUAGUUUUAUUUUGACUUAUCUAAAGCGUUUCUUGUUGUCAGUGAAAGGAAAACAGGGUUUAAAGCGUAGUAUGAUCAUUUAAUGUAUCAAUUUCUGUGUCAUCAUUUCAAUGUAAUUUACCCUUCUUAUGCAAUACGCAUACAACAGCACCUACAGGUCACACUAGACAUUCUGUAAUGUUUAAAUAAUUAAAAACUGUUGUUUGCUGAGAUACAUUUGCAUUUUAGCAUUAAAUUUAGAAUUGCAUAUGGCUUAAGCUUUAUAAGUCUGGAUUGACAGUGAUCACUUUAUGUCUUAUAUUAGAAUAGAGGAUUACCCUCAUAAACCCAUAUCAUUUAUGUCAGCACAUUUGUAAACACAAGAUUUCAAAUUAAGAGGCAACAGGUCUGUUUUACAGGAUUAUUUUUUACAAGAGGUGGGAUAUGUGAAAUAAACUGAUUCAAUGUGAAAUUUGAUUUCACUUGUUUAUUUUGGGGCAUUUGUAUAAUGUACAAAAAAUAGGGCGUGAAAGAAUAUUAGUGGGGAAUUUGAGGACUAUUUAUAGAUUAAGGGGUGAAGGGAUUUUAUGCGACCCAAUUUUAUGCUUGUAAUAUAGAUUUGCCAUUCUGGGAAACAAUAAUAUAAGAUGAUGAUUUGCAAAAUUUGAAUUCUGUAAAUGAAGUGAAAAUGUUGUAUGCAGGCAGUGCUGUGCAUAUUGUUUCAUAAUGUGUAUGCAGAACAUAAAAUGCAAAUGAACAGCACACAUUUUGUAAUGAAUGCAUUUUUGGACAACAGUAAAAAAUAAAUGUGAUCUA